AUGAUGGAUUUUGAUGAGCGUGUUCCUUGUUCCUCUAACAUGUAUUUGCCAAGUUGUACUUACUACGUCUCGGGUCCUGAUUUUUCCAGCCUCCCUUCUUUUUUGCCCCAAACCCCGUCUUCUCGCCCUAUGACAUACUCCUACUCCUCCAACCUACCCCAGGUCCAACCUGUGAGAGAAGUUACCUUCAGGGAAUAUGCCAUUGAUCCCUCCAGUAAAUGGCACCCCAGGAACAAUCUGCCCCACUGCUACUCCGCAGAGGAGAUCAUGCACAGAGACUGCCUGCCUGCCACCAACACCGCUAGCAUGGGCGAGAUGUUCGGCAAAAACACAGCUAACGUCUAUCACCCCAGCACCAACGUCUCCUCCAAUUUCUAUAGCACGGUGGGCAGGAACGGGGUCCUGCCCCAGGCUUUCGACCAAUUUUUCGAGACGGCUUAUGGCACGGCGGAAAACCUGGCCUCAGCGGACUACCCGGUAGACAAGAGUGGCGAGAAGGCGCCCGCGGCCGCCGGGGCGGCGGCGGCGGCAACUUCAAGUUCGGAGGGCGGCUGCGGCAGGGCGGCGGCGACGGCGGCGGAGAAGGAGAGGAGGAGGCGGCCGGAGAGCAGCAGCAGCCCCGAGUCAUCUUCCGGCAACAAUGAGGAGAAAUCCGGCAGUUCCAGUGGACAACGUACGCGUAAAAAGAGAUGCCCGUAUACCAAAUACCAGAUUAGAGAGUUAGAAAGGGAAUUCUUCUUCAGUGUCUACAUAAACAAAGAGAAACGCCUCCAGCUCUCCCGAAUGCUCAAUCUGACCGACCGUCAAGUCAAAAUAUGGUUUCAGAACAGAAGAAUGAAAGAAAAAAAAAUUAACAGGGACCGAUUACAGUAUUACUCAGCUAAUCCACUACUUUAA